ACAAAUUUACAAAAUGUCAGCGACCAUCCGGACCUCCUCUCGAAUUCAAGCACGAAAAAAUAGGCUUGUUUCCACAGAGACAGAGCCAGCUGCAGGAGGAAGAAAGAGGAAAAAUUCAAAAGAUGACCAAACACCUGCCAUUCCACCCACAACCCCUGCAAAGAAGUCUGCAGUAAGUCAGAGUGACACCAGUCCAAGUAUUACCAAUGCCACAGCAGUACCUACCACACAAACUAAAGCACCAUCAAACUCAAGCAAAGCAUCAAACAUAGUUACCUUGUCAAGUCCUGCAAAUACACAAUCCAGUGCUACUGUGUCAACAAGGUCAUCACAGAGAGGGUCAUCAUCGGUCUCCAAGGAGGAUGUGAAAUCUGUGCCUUCCACACCUGCAGUGAGGCAACCAGUUUCAGUUCCGGCCCCAACAGGAGAUGCUCCAAUUGCCACUGCUCCUGGAGGACCAGUCAAGACUGAGCCAGUGCCGCAGGGUACCAAUGUUGCGUCUGCAGCUCAACAAGAAGUUCAAGUCUUGCCUCCAACUCACAUCUUCAAGAAUCCAAAUUUUACAUUUUCAGGUAAAGGAGGUUUGUCAGCUGGGAAGAAAACUAGGACAUGGAAGACAUUGAAGCAGAUAAUUGCCUCAGAAAGAGUUCAACUCAAUAGACCAGUUGGAUCAACAUAUAGCAGCAUAGAUGCACCACCUUCAAGAAAACCAGCAAAGAAAUACUCUGAUAUUUCAGGUUUGCCAGCAAAAUACACAGACCCACGCACCAAGCUGAGGUAUUCAAAUACGGAAGAGUUUGCUCAGUUACGGAUGCUGCCUCAAGAUAUUGUAAACGGACUCUUAGCUUUGAGAAGAGCAAAUUUGGAUGUCCAGUGAUGGGGAAGUAUCAGAAGCAGGAGAGGAAGAACAAGGAAGAG